AGGCCUGCCGUUCCACCGCAGGGAUAGGCAGGCAGAUCGUCAGAUCGCUCGGCCGUCGGCCCCCACCAAGUGACACAUGUCAGUAGAAGACGCGAUCAUCUUCAGUACAGGUCACCGGUUGUGACUGUGAGUCGCCUCAUUGUAUCGCAAUAAUAUCCCGUCAGCGCGGUGCUGCGCGUUCGAGCGGCUGAGCGGAGUCAACAAUAAGCGGCACACAUAACAUCGCUUGCCGGCCGACGGCGGCGGACGCGUGAUAAGAACAGUCGACUCCUCCGGCCUAGUGUCAAGUGAAGUGUCUGUGCUAUCAGGCGUUGAUACGGGACCGGUGCAAAACAAAUAAAAUCGUUGCAAAUUGCAAUUUGUGGAGCAGUGCUGUGCGUGCCUUACCUCCGAGCUGUUGUUACUUGUUCAUUUUCGCCGGUUUGCGUUCGAGGAAAUUUUGUUUUCGGACGCACGUGAGCGGUAACGAGGUAUCUUAUUCCUGCAAAGAUGUAUAUAAAAUUCUGUUUAUUGGCAUUCGUGGCGGCUGAACUAAUGUUAAUGUUAGUUGAGGCCAAUGUUAUUCCUGGUGAAGAAGAAAAGAGCGAUGGAUUCGAGCUGCUCAUUCUGCAUAACAACGACAUGCACGCUCGGUUCGAGCAAACGGCGGCACGCAGCGGCCCCUGCGUAGACGGAGAACGAUGUUAUGGGGGCUUCGCCCGGGUUGCACAUUUAGUACGGGAAGCUCGCAAGAAUGAAUCUAACGGCGGCCCUCCUGUGCUGUACUUGAACGCUGGCGAUACAUAUCAAGGAACUCCUUGGUACACGCUUUACAAGUGGAACAUAUCUUAUAUGAUGUUAAACGAACUCGCUCCAGAUGCCAUGUCGUUGGGAAAUCACGAGUUCGACGACGGUGUCCCAGGUUUGCUACCAUUUCUGGAAAAUGUGAAAUUUCCAGUGUUAGCUUCUAACCUGGAUCUCACUGAAGAACCAGAACUAGCUAAACAAAAAUCACUGGUAAACUCAGUUAUUAUUAAAAAGAAUGACGUUGAUAUUGGAGUGAUUGGUUAUCUGACGCCGGACACGAAAGUUUUAUCUGCAUCUACUCGUGUUGGAUAUUUCGAAGAAGUACCGUCAGUGGCCAAAGAAGCUAAACGUUUGAAAGAACAAGGUGUUAAUGUACUAAUUGCACUUGGACAUUCCGGAUUUGAGAUGGACUGCAAAAUAGCCGAAGAAGUACCUGAUAUUGAUUUGGUGAUCGGGGGCCAUACAAAUACAUUCCUUUGGAACGGCACACCGCCGCCAAAAAGUGAGCCUGUCGAAGGGCCGUAUCCCACUGUCAUAACUCAGAAAGGAAGUUCGAAGAAAGUACCGGUCGUCCAAGCGUACGCUUAUACAAAAUAUUUGGGAAGCUUGAUGCUGCGGAUCGAUUCAGACGGUAACGUGGUUUCUUUUGAAGGUCAACCGAUUUUAUUGGAUGAUUCGAUUCCGCAAGAUGAAGAUGUACUAGAUCUUAUCAAUGUAUACAAACCUGGAGUAGAAAAAUUAAAAUAUACAGUCAUUGCAAACACUGCGGUUCUUCUGGAUGGUAAUUGUCGUAAGAGGGAAUGCAAUUUGGGAAAUGUGAUCGCUGACUCGAUGGUCCAUGCCUACACCGUCAACUACAAAGGUUCUGGCUGGUCGGAUGCUUCGAUCGCGCUUAUCAGUGGCGGCGGCAUACGCAGUACGAUCGAUGCAAAAACUAGCGGAGGAAACGUGACCAUGGAAGAACUUAUGACCGUUUUGCCUUUUGGUAACGAUCUCAUUGUUGCCCAGUAUAAAGGAUCUACUAUAAAGAAAGCUUUUGAGCACUCAGUUCACAGAUACACCGGCAAGCAUGGCUACGGCGAAUUCUUGCAAAUAUCCGGUGUGAGAGUGAUUUAUGACUUGAAGGCAACCCAAGGGUCCCGAGUCAUAGGCAUUUCCAUUCUGUGCACAGAUUGUGAAGUUCCUGCUUAUCAACCACUAGUGGAAGAGAAAGAGUAUAAAGUGGUGUUGAAUGCGUUUCUCGCAGAAGGCGGCGACGAUUAUGGUAUGCUGAAGAAUGAAUCUCUAUCUAGUAGAAGUAUUACUACUGACGACUUGGAAGCUGCUCGAAAAUACAUGUCUAGCGAAUCGCCAAUAAGGCAGGGUAUUGAGGGACGAAUCACGUUCAUCAAUCUUGGCGAUCCUAAUUCAUCAGUUAACCUGCACUCAUCAAUUGGAAUGAUAUCAUUUAUAUUCUUUAUUGUCUUCAAACAUUUUUGUACCUUGUAAUAAAAACAUGUAUAUUUAGAUUAAGCAACAAAAUGUAAAUCUAUUUUUGUCACAAAAGACAUUAACCAGUAAUUAAUAUGAAUAUUUAAAUAUUUUUAUUAGUACUCCAAAUUAUAAAUUUGUGACUUGAAGGUUUAAAAGUAAAACAAGAACUUUGUGUGUGAUACAAUCACUUUAUUAAGAAAAUAUUUGUUUUUUUGUUGUUCAUAUGGUGCUCGCUAUAUUGUAAUCAAUAUGUAUUUAUUGAAUUAGUAUAUUUUAUCACUUAUUUGUUGCUAAUUAUUGAAUCUUUAUGAUUACAUAUAAUAGAAAUGAAAAAUUGUUUACACAAAUCUCAU